AUGAUGAGAAUAUCCAAUCACAGUCGAAAGCGGCAACGAGGAGGAGGAGAACAGAAGACUGCAGAAUAUUCUUCCACUCUGUUUCAGUUCUUCAGCAACAAUUCCAAAUGUCUCCAAACCUUGUGUUUAUUGACGCUUUGCCAGGUCGUACUGUCAGCCUAUCAUUAUCACAAUGUUUACAAGACUACCAAGACGUUCUCUUCUUUUGGAUCAUCUUCCACUUCGCUUCAAUUUGCCUCUUCCGGAAAUUCAGCGAUUCCUAAACACCAUCCAUCAUCACCUGUCAACUCGGCGCUUCAUGUCAGCUUUGCCGCCUCUGCAGCAGCAAACGCAAGAGUAGAGAGCGUCGCUGCCAAUCCGCUGAAUACUUAUACUAAUACUGAUAAGGAUGGUACCACAACAACAACAACAACAACAACAACCAUACUUCCGGAAUGGAAUGAAUUAUCAGGUGCCGCACAAACCGAACUCCAACAAAUGCUAAAUUGGGACAAGGUGUCGACCUUUGAUUAUCCCGAAAUAUUUCGGUUGGACGAACUAACGCAAGGCCAUUCCUUGUUGUUCAUGAGUUGGGCCAUUGUGGCAAGUCCGUAUUCGCAGCCACUCCUAUUAUCAUCCUCAGCAUCACAACAAGAACAACAAGAACAACAAGACAAUGAGUAUUGCAACUUGCUCGAUGCCUUUGGAAUAUCACCCACCGCCUUUAUGGAUUAUGUCCGCACGAUUGAACAAGGCUACCAGAAGAAUAAUCCGUAUCACAAUCACAUUCAUGCGGCAGACGUCUUGCAAACUCUCCACAGCAUGCUCCAAUCCGAGUCCUACCGCCUCACCAAGGUACAACAUUUCAGCCUCCUCUUGGCCUCCAUUUUGCACGAUGUCGGACAUGAUGGUACCAACAAUGAUUUUCAAGUCCAAACCCAAUCCCAACUUGCCAUUCGCUAUCAAAACGUUUCGGUUUUGGAACAGCAUCAUGUGGAGGUUGGUUUGAAGGAACUCGAUUCCAGCGAGCUUCUUGAUCAUUUGCCCCUCCAGCAACGAGACGAAAUUCGUCAAUUCAUAGCACAAGCCAUUUUGCACACUGACAUGGCCAAGCAUCAGGAGCAAGUCGAACGAGCUUCACAAGCAGCUUCCACACCACCACCACCACCACAAGACGACGACGACGACGACGAUUGGCAAGCGGCCAUGUAUUUGCUGCAUUUGUGCGAUAUUUCCAAUCCCACCAAGUCUACUUUUUCCAUUUGGACCGAACAUGUCUUGGAAGAAUUUUACCAAUUGGGCGAUUUGCAAAAAUCCUUGGGAUUGCCCGUGAGCUUUGAUCGAAGUGUGGCCAAUAGUAAUAGUAAGGUAUCGAUUCAACAGGGAUUCUUGAAAUUCUUGGUUCUGCCAGCCUUUGAAGCGAUGGAAUUCUCCAACCCAAAAAUUAUGCAAGGCUUGUAUGCGAAUUACGAGUACUGGAUGAAACAAGAUAAGGAAGAAGAUGCAGAAACUGCUGCUGAGGCUGCUGGGGAUUGA